AUGGCGACUCCUGCCGAAGUAGUUGCUGAGCAACAUGAGGAGGCUCGGCGUUUGUUGUUCUCUAUGCCUUGUGCUGCUCCCCCAAGCCAUGAGGAAAUUCCCUUGUCGAUGAAGACAUGUCCCACCCUGGAUCUGUUUGCGUCUGAGAAAGAAGAGGAGGAAGAGAAAAAGGCCUGUGAUGAGCCAGUCAGUAGUCCUUCCAGUGGAGAGACACAUAGUCAUGAUGCAACCGCCAUUGUGCCUUGGUCGUCUCGAGGGCGUGUGGAUGUCUCCAAGAUCCAAGCACUGGUCAAGGAGGGUUAUCGAAUCAUUGAGCACACGCCACCACCACCAGCAACCAAGAACAAGCAGAAAGCAUCCAACAAGAAGAAUCAAAAUAAUGCCAAUGGCAGCAACAACAAAAACAAACCGAAACAACAGCAACCACGACUAUUUGGCCCGCAAUAUUCGGCUACCGAUAUCAAAUCGACAACCAACUUGUGGGAUCCCGUCAAUGCCGCUGUCAACAAUGUGAAUAUCAUCCGACCGUCGCAUGAUGCCUGGGGAAUUGGCAAAAUUGUCCUCAUUUUUGCAGAUGACUUUCUGCAAGGAACCUACGAGUUGCCGUGGUGGCAUUUGCGAACAGAUAUCCGACAAGCCGUGGCACCCAUUCUAGACUGUCUCCAAAUUCAAACCAAUCAAAUUGUUCGUCUAUUGUUGGCCAGUUUGCCACCGGGAACCACCAUUCCCUUGCAUCAAGACAGUGGCGCUUGGGUUUGCCAAACACAUCGAGUACACGUACCCAUUAUUGUGACAGAACCAGACAAGAUUAUGUUCCGAGUGGGUCUCACAGACCAGCAAUUGCAACGGAUUGAUUGUACUCCGGGACAUGUCUUUGAAAUGAACAAUCAAUGUCGACAUGCCGUUAGCAAUUGCAGUGACGAUUAUCGGGUUCACUUGAUUUUGGACUACACAUCAUCAUCCUCAUCCAACAACAACAACAACAACAACAACAACAACAACGAACGACCACAACAACAACUUCAACAUGUAAAAUUGGAUCCGGGAGAGAAACUCUUGCAGACUCGUCGGUCGGUCGAUCGACUCCGCAAUCAAGGGUCGAGGCCAACGCCCUCCUUUUUGAUCCUCGGAGCUCAAAAGGCCGGUACUACGUCGCUAUACGAGUACAUGAUGCAACACCCUCUCAUUGUCAGACCCAAACGCCGAGAAACGCAUUGCCUCGAUUGGCGAUGGAAGGAAGAAAUUGCCAAGGGCAGCAACUUUACAGAGAAACAACUAAGAGAGCACUGUGAACUCUUCUACGAAACACAAGCCCUCAAACUACACCCCAGUUGUUGCACGGGAGAUUCCACACCCAGCUACUGGCUCGAUAGUCGACGAGUCAUCCCGAGACUCAAAAUGGUGUUUCCCUGGCGCAUCUCCUUCUUGGUGCUCACGCGAAACCCUAUACAACGAGCCGAAUCGCAUUAUGCCAUGGUCACAAGUUCGGAAGGAACACCGGCGCAACUCAAGACACGAGGAACCGAAUGGAGAGAGAAAUCGUUUGUGCAAGUCGUACACGAGGAAUUCCAAAACAUGCACCAGUGCGGAUUGAUCCCCUAUUGGGACAUGGAUGCUGGGACUGUUGACCAAACAGUGUUUGAUGGCUUUAUCAAUUCGGCAGAGGAAGAUCAGGCAUGGAGCUUGUAUCUGGACCGGCAUGUGCCGCUACAUACCGGCUCCUACGGUGUCUUGGCCCGUGGCUUGUACGCUCUUCAGAUGCGGCCAUGGUUGCAUGCGUUUCAUCCACAGGACUUUUUGUGCCUCCAACUGGAACGAGACCUGAACGCUACAACUGUGCAAGCCACCAUGGAACGUGUCUUUGAUCAUGUGGGAGUGCCGUCAUCCUUUACCUUGGCAGAUGUCUCACCCCAAAACACCCGACAGUACGAACCCAACAUGGACGAGAAUCUGUAUCAAGUUCUAGAACGAUUCUUUGAACCGCACAAUCGACGAUGGGAGGCUCUUGUGGCAACGCUACCGAACCAGUCCAACAAAGUUGGGACCAUGGUGUAA